CGACGUUCAGCGGAGCCUGAGAGGUGACGUUGCACUCGAGCCGGGGGCGGGGAUAGAGCGAGGCGCCGCGGAGCUAAACGGGCCGCUCCCAGCGACUCCGUCCUGCCCUCAGCCGCAGCGGGCGGCCCGGCUCCGGGUCCCGGCUCUGCCCGCGCGGGCCCGGCAGCGGGAGAUGCGCUCGGCUUGAGCACCCGCCCCGCCCUCGGUUUCGGCCCCUCCGGGGUGGGAGCAGCGAUGGCGGCGCGGAGCUGGCAGGAGGCGCUGGCCCAGCAGGCCGAGGAGGUGUCGGCCCGGGUGCGGGACGCGCUGUCGGUCGGGCUGGGCCUGCUGCGCACAGAGCUGGGUCUGGAGCUGGGCCUCGAGCCGCAGGGCCUCCCGAGCUGGCUCGUGCUGCUCGCCACGGCCGCCCUGGGGCUGCUGCUGCUGCUGGGGCUGCUCUGGGCCGUGGCUUGCGCAACGGGCUCCCGCAGGAAGCAGCCCCGGAGCCUGCCUGGCCGGGAAGAAGACGAGGCGGUAGCUCUGGGCCUGACAGGCGGCGGUGGCGUCCCCAACAAGGAGGCUCCGGCCGCGCUGCUGCUGCUGAAGGCUGAGGAGCAGAAGAAACGGACCAAGAAGAGACUUGCGGAGAAAGGGGCGGCCAGGCCUAAUGGACGGCCUGUUCUUGAAGAGUUUGAGGAUGAAAUAAUUCAGACGGUUCGAAGAGAAAAUCUGAAGCAGCCACUGGAUGCAGAAAAGAAAAAUGAGAAGUCAAAAAAGAAUAAGAAGAAAUCAAAGGGAGAUGCUAAAACAGUUCAGGACCCGUCUCGUCUCGAUGGAAAAGAAGCAGAUGAAGGAGCUUGGGAAACUAAAAUCAGUAACCGUGAGAAAAGGCAGCAGCGUAAGCGUGACAAGGUACUGACUGAUGCUGGUCCAAUAGAACCAAAUCUCCCUGGGAUGGAAAAUGCAGUUACAGUAACCACUGAACAAGUAAUACCUACACCAUCUUUUCCAGUUGGUCCCAGAAAAAAUAAAGGUGAUACAAUUCUGAAUGUUCAAGUUAGCAGCUCUAAAUCUGCAAAGGGAGAUUCAACAAUUCAGCAAGUUUCUUCAGGGUUGAAUGAAAGUCCUACUGUAAAUGGAGGAAAUUGGAAUGAGAAGUCUGUAAAAAUCUCCUCAGAGAUCAGUGCAGGUGAGGAGAAAUGGACAUCUGUUCCAUCAACUGCAGCAGGGAAGAGGAAAACUGAGACAUCUGCUUGGGGUCAGGACACUGGAGAUGCUAGUGGAAAUGGAAAAGAUUGGAGUGUAUCCCUUGUGAGCAGGUCCUGGGGAGAGCGUACUUUGUUCCCUAGCAUUGCUGCCUGGAAUGUAGAUGGAAGGAUCAAGGCCUCUGAACCAAAUUCUGCCUCUUUCACUUCCUUAGGACUAAAUCCUGCAAUUUCUGGAUCUAGCAAUGAGCCAGUUACUCAGCCUGGUACUUCUGAUUUUCAGUGGGAUUUAAGCCGCAGUCAGCCCCAUGUUGAUGAUGAAUGGUCUGGGUUAAAUGGUCUUUCUUCUGCUGAUCCCAGCUCUGAUUGGAAUGCACCAGCAGAAGAGUGGGGGAACUGGGUAGAUGAAGAAAAGGCUUCUAUUCCACAGCCUGAGGAACCAUUAUCUGAUGUUCAGAAGGCUUCAGAUGAUGAGAGAGAAAAAGCAGAGCCAACUCUCCAGAGCUGUACUAGUGGCAAAUCCAAGAAGAAGAAGAAGAAGAAAAAGAAGCAAGGUGAAGAAGCUAGCUCUCCUACACAGGAUGCUGAAGACCUGGAUAGAGAGGUUGGAGAGGAAUUUCAGGAGGAUACUGCAAAAGCUCAACCACAACAGGAAAUAGCUUUUUCUUUGAAGACCAUAAGCACUAGUGAACCAGCUGAGCCUGAGGAGACUCCUCCACUUGCUGUUUCUACUGAGCCAUCUGUAAUUGUAUCAGAGAGUGAUUCUGACAAGAUCUCUUCCCAAGUGCCACAGAUGCUACAAGAGACAGAUGUUUCCAGUCCUAAUAUUAAGCAAAAUAGUGUGCCUCCUCCACAAACCAAGUCUGAAGAUAGCUGGGAGUCCCCAAAACAAGUUAAAAAGAAGAAAAAAGCAAGAAGGGAAACGUGAAAUUCCUGAGAUGGACGUGUGUUGGUGAAAAGCUGUCAUGAAGAUUAUGCUGUUUAUGCAAUAAUUUGUGAACAUGUACAGAAUUUUAUAUAUUUCAACUGAUUUUUAAAACAGAACUGCUGUGAACACGACCAUCUUUAAAAAGGAAUCAAAGGAAAUUGUGAUAGAGAGCAGCAGAAAGUGCUACAGUGCUGGAAGAUGCUUUGAAGAGUCUUUUUUUCCCACUGUAAGGGAAAGAUCUUUAAAAAAAAUAAAAUAAAAUAAAAAACCUGGUUUUACAACACAGUACCCUGUUUACAACAGAUUAUGCCCUAUCUCAUCUGCAGCUGGGAAUAAAGUAUUGAUUUUUUUUUAAGAAAGGGUUGUCUGUAAAAUAGUUGUCUAUAAAAUAGGUGGUGUUUCUUGCAUCUCUUUUGAGUGAUGCAUAAGAAACUGAGAUCUACCAUUUGAUUUUGCUUCAUGCCUAAAUCAAAGUGCUUUGAUUAAAUACAUAAUCUGCCAUAUUUUUACAAUAUGCUGGUUAGCCAAGCAUGCUAACCAUUAAAGGAAUCACAAGUGCAAAUAAAAUCAUUAAAUAAAAAUCCAUUUGUACAGUUCAACCUUCAUGGUUUAUUAUAAAAAGUUAAAGAAAAUAAAAAUUGGUGGGCUAAAAGGCUGAGAAUGUGAUUGCUGAAACUUGAGUAUGGUUCAUGAAGUUAUUUUUGAUAGCCUCUAUUACAUUACUUGAAUUGUUCAAAGUAACAGUAUAUUUUAAUUAAGAAUGUGGCAAUGUGCAUAAAAUCAGUUCUAUUGUUUUCUACUUUAUCCUGUAUUCCUUUUUUUUUUUUGGGUUGGUAGGUUGACUCAUUUAAAACUCAUCCCUGAUCAUUUUUAGACUCUUAAAAUAAAAUUCAUAUUUUCCUUUCCCCUUAUCAUUUAUUAAUUACCUUUCUCUUUGUUAAUUUUUUUUAAAGCAAGAUCAGCUGUUUUCAUUCACUAACUGUACAGGACUUUAAGGAUUUGGUGGAGAAUGAAAGAAUGGCUUCAGACAGCUUUAAUUGACAUUGUCAAGACCACCAAUUAUCAGGAAUACAUUUUUUUUACUGCCUUAACCUGUAGUCUGUAGAAUAUGCAUCUAGACUUCUUGAAGGGGAUUAGUGUUUUUAUAAGAAAUUCCAUGCAAGUGUAGCAGUUGUAAAAUAAAGAAUAUUUCCCACUUGAAACUGUUGAUUAAAAUGGUGUUUGAGAAUUGUCCUUAUUUUCAGGCACUGUGUAAUUGCAUCGUAUCAAACUGGCAGGUUUCUUUUUAUCAAUAAAUGUGCAUGCUCAGCCAUGUACACUGUAAAUAGCCUUUCCAAGCUUGUGUUUGAUAAGGACCAUAAUUAACAUCACUUAUUGAAUUCUGGUAAAGAGCCAUGAUUUAUUUCAUGUGAUUGACUUUGUUGGUUUUUGUGUGGCAAAGAAAUGAAGCUGUAACCAAUGGUACUGAUCAGCCAUCCACUAUUCUCUUAUACAGGACUGCAGUUUGAUAGUAUUUACGUGCAAGACAAGAAUAGUUAAAGAAACAAGCUGAUUUUAAUUGUACUGAAGACAUGCCUUACUAAUUGACGCUUUCCUAAUAAAUGAAUACUAACUUAUACAGGUAUCAAUACCUAUGUCAAGAACAUGGCAAAUGUGUUUAUAUGUUCAAAAGUUUUGUUUAAUUCAAUGACAUUUCUAAGUUGAUUUGUUUAAAAUAAAUUGAGCAAAUUGAUAAUAUUGUUUUAUUUACUGGAAGGGAGUAAUGUUUAAGCCUUGAUGCCUAUCCAGGAUUCCAUGUAAACUGAACUGAAAUACAGUUUUCCACAGGAAUUUUUAAAAAGGGAAUGUUAAAAAUGAAAUCAUGUAAAGUGCUAUUGCUUGUAGAUAACAUUUCCAUUUUGCUUGCUUUUUUUAGUAAGUGUGACAAAUACUUUACUUGUUUUAAAUUUAGGUUUAUAGUGAAUGUCCAAAACUUGUUUUGCAUGGUUCCCAGUCUCUACACUUGGCUAGAAGUGGCAUUCUGAGGAGGGGUUUGAGGACCUUAAGUAAUGAUGUUUCCCAAAAACGCUUUAAAAAUUGAAUGACUUAAGUGUUAUAUUUUUUCGUCUCUCUUGACAGAGGGAGGUGACUGCUUAGGGUUGCCAAAUAAGUCCUUGAAUCACUUGACAUCUUAAUAAAACUUGUUGCAAAUAAAUCAGACUUGCUGCUAAACAAA